AUGUCCAGACUAGGAAACCGCGCCGCCGACUGGGCCGACGACGAGGAGUUCGAUGACCCCUCCGCGCUCCCCGCGCAACAAGUCACGACGAACAAAGAUGGCACAAAGACCGUUGUUUCGUACCGCUUCAACGACGAGGGCAAGAAGGUCAAGGUCACCCGCCGGAUCAAGACGACCGUGGUGAGGGAGCACGUCAACCCGCAGGUCGCGGAGCGCCGGUCGUGGGCCAAGUUCGGGCUCGAGAAGGGCCACGCGGCCGGCCCUCGUUCGACACCACCUCCACCCAGUGUGAACUGGCGGGCUCAGGCUGCGGAGGCUGAGAAGGCCGGCCCCGAGAAGGGCAGCAUCAAGGACCAGCUCAAGGACAAGAAGGUCAAGUGUCGUAUUUGCAGCGGAGAGCAUUUCACUGCUCGUUGUCCGUUCAAGGAUACCAUGGCGCCUGUCGACGAGACCGCUGCGGCUGGUGCUGAGCCCGGCGCUGAGGAUGUCCCCGCUGCGGGUGGCCUUGGUGCUGGAAGCUCGAGCUACGUGCCUCCUCACCUGCGGAAAGGUGCUGCUGCUGGUGGCGAGAGAAUGGCUGGCAAGUACGAGAAGGACGAUCUGGCGACUCUGAGAGUUACAAACGUGAGCGAGUUGGCAGAGGAAUCAGAGCUUCGGGAUUUGUUCGAGCGUUUUGGUCGCGUCACCAGAGUCUUCCUUGCCAGAGACAGAGAAACCCAGAGAGCCAAGGGCUUCGCUUUCAUCAGCUUUGCAGAUCGGACCGAUGCUGCACGUGCUUGCGAAAAAAUGGAUGGCUUUGGUUACCGUCAUUUGAUUCUCCGCGUCGAGUUCGCAAAGAGGACGACUUAGAUGCUUGCUUCCUGAUUUCGUUUCACGGCACCUGCGUGUUUUCGUCAGGCAGAGCUCGCUUCAUGACUAGAGAUCUUCCUCCUUUUUCUUUGUACUGUAUGACUCGGUCGAUAAUGAUGAUUAUAAAAAGACAUGCGUCGUGUGGUUUGCUUGCUCGAGGCGCGUGGUCAUUGGAUACAAAGAAAAGCUAUCGUUUCAGAGGGUUUAUAUUUUCAUCACCAUUCUCAUCUGAAUGGAAGCGUACAAAAAUGAAAAAAGACGUCAUAGUC